GCUGCGGGCUUUUCACAAAGACUCCUCGGGAGAGCUCAGGGAGCCGCUGGAGCCGAAGUCAUGGAAGAAGUGUCAUCAUGCCCCCUCAGCACCACUCUGUUCCAGCAGGAAGACGUGAAAGGGAUCACCUACCGGAUCCCAGCCCUGCUCUACAUCCCUCCCACCCGAACCUUCCUGGCCUUUGCAGAGAAGCGGUCCACGUGCCGUGAUGAGGAUGCCCUCUACCUGGUGGUCAGGCGAGGGGUGAUGAAGGGGCGCUCUGUACAGUGGGGCCCCCUACAGCCACUGAUGGAAGCCGUAUUACCUGGGCAUCGGACCAUGAACCCCUGCCCUGUGUGGGAGCAAAAUACUGGCCGUGUGUACCUGUUUUUCAACUGUGUGUGGGACCAUGUUUCUGAGCGUUAUCAGAUUAUAUGGGGCAAGAAUGCCGCUCGUCUCUGCUUCGUUUGCAGUCAGGAUGCCGGGUGCUCAUGGGGUAAAGUGAAAGACUUGACUGAAGAGGUCAUUGGCUCAGAGGUGAAGCACUGGGCCACGUUUUCUGUGAGCCCAGGUCAUGGCAUCCAGCUGAAGUCAGGGAGGCUGAUCAUCCCCGCCUACGUCUACUAUUUCUCACACCGGUUUCUCUGUUUUCCAUGUUUAGUCAAGUCCCAUUCCUUGAUGAUCUACAGUGAUGACUUAGGAGUCACAUGGCACCGUGGCGAGCUCAUUGGGCCCCAUAAAACAGGGGAGUGCCAAGUGGCAGAGGUAACUGGGAGGGAUGGUAACCUUGUGCUCUACUGCAGUGCCCGGACACCAAGCAGAUUCCGAGCAGAGGCUUUUAGCUAUGAUUAUGGUAACUGCUUUCAGAAACCAACCCUGAACACACAGCUCUGUGAGCCUCCCCAUGGCUGCCAAGGCAGUGUAGUGAGCUUCCAGCCCUUGAACAUGCCAUCCAUAUGUCAAGAUCCAAGUGGUAAAGAUACUCCCCCUACUCAGACAUGCCCUCUGCUGGAAGAAGGAGGUGGAACAUCAUCAGGAGCAUGGCUCUUAUACUCACAUCCAACUAACAAGAAGCAUAGGAUUAACCUAGGCAUCUACUAUAACAGGAACCCCUUGGAGGGGACCUGCUGGUCCCACCCCUGGAUCCUGUGCUAUGGGCCCUGUGGCUACUCAGAUCUGGCUGUUGUGGAAGAGCAGAGGUUGGUGGCAUGUUUGUUUGAGUGUGGGAAGGAGCAGGCAUGUGAAGAGAUUGACUUCUGUCUGUUUUCAGACAAAGAAGUCCUGAGCUGUGAAGACUGUACCAGGCCUCGUAGGAACGAAAGCCAAAUCACGGCUGACGGGUGAGGAGCCA